AGCAGCAGAAGUCCGUCUCUCUGCUGCUCACUCAGCUGCGCGUUAAACCUGACAGACAUGUUUCCACUGUGGAAGAACUUCACUUCUGUCACCCGCCGGGUCAUUUCUCCGUCUGCAGCGGACUUCUUCUCUCUCCGGACGCCACAAACUUUGUCCGUGUGCGUGAAUCCCAGCAGAAAGUCUUCAGGAAAACGCUUCAAUGUGCCACCGAGCGCCGAGUUUGUUGCGAGGGUGUCGGGGAUCCCCACCAUGGCCAAGCUGCCCUUCCAGGAGACAGCGGACGGGCUCGACGCGGCUUUCAUCGGGGUCCCGAUAGACACCGGGACCUCCAACCGACCCGGAGCCAGGUUUGGUCCGAGGCAGAUCAGAGUGGAGUCUGCCAUGCUGAGAUCGUACAACAGCGGCACCAGGGCAGGACCGUAUGAUUCCAUCAUGGUGGCCGAUAUCGGGGACGUGAACGUGAACGUGUACGACCUGAAGGACACCUGCAAACGCAUCAGGGAGGCCUACAGAAAGGUCCUGGCUACCGGCUGUAUUCCUCUGACUAUGGGUGGCGAUCACACAAUCGCAUAUCCGAUCCUGCAAGCUGUUGCCGAGAAGCAUGGCCCAGUGGGUCUGGUCCAUGUGGAUGCCCACGCCGACACCAGCGACGUGGUGUUGGGGGAGAAAAUCGGACACGGGACUCCAUUCAGACGCUGCGUGGAGGAGGGGCUGCUGGACUGUAAGAGAGUCGUCCAGAUCGGCCUGCGUGGCACCGGCUACUCUGCAGAUUCAUAUGAAUGGAGCCGUGCGCAGGGUUUCCGUGUGGUACAAGUGGAAGAGUGUUGGUUCAAAUCUCUGGCUCCCCUGAUGGCUGAGGUCAGGGCUCAGAUGGGCAGCGGUCCAGUGUAUCUCAGUUUUGACAUCGAUGCUCUUGACCCCGGCUUCGCCCCCGGAACAGGCACGCCGGAGAUAGCAGGGCUCACUCCCAUUCAGGGAGUCGAGAUUAUUCGAGGCUGCCGUGGUCUGAACCUGGUUGGAUGUGAUCUAGUGGAGGUGUCUCCUCCCUAUGACACCACAGGGAACACUGCCCUGACUGGUGCCAAUCUCCUUUAUGAAAUGUUGUGUGUCCUGCCAAAAGUUAAAUACUUCUAAUCAGUGUGUAUACACAGAACAGAUCCUUGUUUACAAUUAAUAAAAGUGCAUCAGUGCCUAAUGAGCAGGCUGUCCUGCUGAAGAACCAGUAAUGAAGGCAGUUGCACAAUUUCAGUUGAAUGUUUUAAUCAAAAAACAUUAGAUACUCCAAAGUCCUUAAGAUGUGCAAUUUUUCAAUUCACUGUGCCAACACAUUUUAUUGUUCAUGUUCACAAAACUAAUGAAUAAAUAAAGUUUGACUUAUUUUCCAUGUAUUUGUCAUUACACGUCAUUCUUGCCAUCUGGAAAAUACUCACAAGUAGAAGUGGAGGCCUGUUUGUAAUGUUCGAUACAUCCAGUAUGUCAAUCAUAUACGCACAUAUAAAAAAAAAGGGUAGCAAACAUUUAUGGAUAACAAAGAUGAGUGACUGACAUGUACGAGUGCACCUGUGGUGGUUAGUUCACCGUCCUUUUCCUGCAUAAGGAUGCUGUUGGUACUCACAGGAAAAUCUUCUUUGCUAAUGAUAGAAUGACAAUGUGAGACAGACAGUUGUUUGGGUUAACUCUCCAAAACUUUCUACAUGUUUUAUCUUCUUGUUUCUGUGUGUCAUGAACGAUUAGCUGUUAAACUGGGAGAAAGGUCUGGUAUUGGAGGUAAAAACUGGAAACUUUAGAGAGGUCUUCAAGCUUGCAUGCUGGAUGCUGAUUUUUCACAUCAACUCACGGCA